AUCAAUCUUACCAUAAAAUAUUGGUUUGAACACGUGCUGCUUUCAUAGCAAAACGCACGUACAAUUUUGUGCUUUUUUCUUGCACGCAAAAGAGUUUACCGUUUGAUACUGCAAAAUUUACCAUCGUGUCGAUGAAUCCAAAAUAAAAGUCCCUAGAAAUUCUCAAAAUAAUUUUUCGACACGACUAGCUGUUCAUCUAUCGUACAAGCCUCGAGGAAUAGGAAUAGAUAGUCGUUAUGUCUGACCUGGACGACCCUCGCAUCGAGUGGUUGCGGGAUCGGACCUAUCUGGCACUGAACAUAGAGGACCUGGAGGUGUUCAAUGAGUUGAUUGGGAGGGAUGACGGAAUGUACGAGAGGAGUCUGCAGACGUAUCUGAACGAGUCCACUGAUGAGACGAAUCCCUCUAUUCUCUUCUACAAGACAAUUCGAGAGAGAACCGAGGAGUACGAAGUGGAAAUAGAAGUCGAAGGCGGCGAAACAGAUGCUGAAAAUAACGAAGAAGGAAAUGCGGAUGGAACAGAUGGUGCCAACAACACUUCAGGUCAACCUCCCGCAGGGGGCACAGAGCCGAAAGAGGACGAAGCCGACGAGGAGGACGAUGGCGCCGGAGGGGGCAAGAAGAAAAAGGGCAAGAGCAAAAAGGGAGCAGCCGAAAAGGCAAAGAAGAGCAUUGAUGGCGGGGAUGUUGGGAAGCAGAAGGUACAGGUUAAAGUUCAAGGAGAAGGUGAAGAGGGAGGCAGUGGUUCUCCCCGAGAAGGUGGCGAAGAGGGUGGUGAGAAUGGCGAGGAUGGCGUGGACGGGGAGACAAAGAAAAAGAAGACCAUAAUGGAAACACGGACUCGCAAAGUAGAGUAUACUACUCUGUAUAUGUGCGCAGAAGGGACUGAAUUUCCAGAGGACAUAGCUGAACGCAAGUGCAUUGUGUUCACUCGCAAUGGCAAGGGCAUGAUAGAACUUCCGGUGAGCAAUGAGAAGAGAGAUGUGCACAGACAUAUGGCCGGGCACUUUGAGUACUUUACCAUGCAUGGACCCUCAUUGGACACACUGAAUGACAUGCUCCAGAUGAUCUACGAGCCCCUGAUGCAGCACUAUGCACAACGAACAGGCGAGAUGCCACCUCAGUCGGCCGAAGGGGAAGACGAGGAGGAUAUGGACGAAGAGACGAAGCAAGCCCGACUCCUAGAGGCCAGGAACCGAGUACUGCUUCGAGACGACUUCGCUAUGCACUUGUCAAAAUUUCGAAAGUCUAUUACCCGAACUAUGCACCAACUUGAAGGGGAAGUCAGAUUAGAAAUCCCACAGCUGAAUGUCAACGCCGACAACAUAAACGAAAAAGUCAUGAACAAACAAGUAGUGAAACAGAUUGAAGAAGUUGUGAAGGAUUGGCAACUGCAGAUAAGCAGCGCAUUGGACGCCUUGAAAGCCAAGCAACCUGUAGGCGACGGACCUUUGGCUGAAAUUGAUUUUUGGCGCGAGAAGAAUGCCAGCUUGAGCGCUUUGAUCGAACAAGUGAAGCUUCCAGACGUUGGAGUUUUUCUACUGUUGUUGAAAAACGCCGAGAGUCCAGUUUCACAAGAAUUUGAAACUGUUAAACAGGAUUUAACGGCUGAGCAUACAGAAGCUAAAGACAACGUUCGCUUCUUGUCAACGUUAGAGCGACAUUUCAAGAAUUUGUCACAAGGCAGCAAUUUCGCAGUCGUUUUGGAUACAAUUCCUUCAAUGAUGAACGCUCUCAGGAUGGUCUGGAUCAUUUCUAGGCACUACAAUAAGGAUGACAGAAUGGUUCCUUUGAUGAAGCGCAUUGCUUGGGAACUUGCAAACCGAGUAGCUGUUGUGAUAGUUAUUAACGAGAUCUUCGACCGAAAACCUCCUGAAGUCCAAGAGAUGGCAAGCGAGGCCAUCAAAACCCUUGAACUUUGGAAUGCUUCGUAUCUGGAGGUCAGGAGCCGAAUUGAGCAGUCGGGACGCGAUGCUCGCUGGGAGUUUCCGAAGAAUGAAUUGUUUGGGAAGACGAACUACAUGGCCGAAAUCUGUAAGGAUCUCUCGGAAGUAGCUCAGGUGCUGCAGGAAUUCUACAACUUCUUCGGACCCGAGUUGACUGCUGUCACUGGUGACUCGAAGAAGAUUGAUGAUGUUCUUGUUCGGGUUCGCGGUCUUGUGAAGCCUAUGCAAGAGAUAUCUUUCGACGUGUUCAACCCCCAGACGAGACCUCAGUGGGCGCAAGUGAUGGAGAAAUUCAGAGGAGAGGUGAAACAGAUCGAAACUGAAGCUAAACAGUUCAUCGAUGACUCAUUUGCCAAGCUGCGUUCGGCUGAAGGAGCAUUCGACAUGUUGCUCAAUUUUAAACAUAUCAAGUCCAGGAAAGUCAUAAAUGACCAGCUUAUGCAGAAGUUCAACGACAUUCUCAUCGCAUACAUGAAAGAGGUGGAGACGAUGGACAAGAUGUUCCAGGAACAGAAGAGUGAUCCUCCGGUGAACAAAUGUCAGCCCCCCGUAGCAGGUGCGAUUGCCUGGGAGAGGAGUCUGUUCCACCGCAUCAAACACACCAUCAUCCGAUUCCAGACUGAACACGACAUGAUGAACACUGAAAUGGGAAAACAGGCUCGUGAGAAGUACCUGGCAGUGGCGAGACAGAUGAAAGAGUACGAAGACAAGAAGAGUAAAGAGUGGGUGGAACAAGUGGAGCAGCACCUGCCAUCUUUUCUCAAAAGGAACCUGCUCAAGAUGCCACUCCUCGAAGCACACGCUCUCAAGGCGCCUGGUCAUAACAACACCACGAUGACCCAUACCCUUAAUAGGACCCAAUUGGGCGCGGGCGCUGGUGAUGCGAUGCUGGAACAAACGAGCGAUGAAGACAGACACAAAGUGCAGUAUGUGGUGGACUUUGCGGACGAGCUGGGGGAGAUGAUAGCGGAGACGAAGUACAUGGAGAGUCUGGGGUUCCAGGUGCCGGAGAUAGGGCGCAACGUGGCCCUGCAGGAAGAGAAGUACAUCAAGUACGUGGACAAACUCAACAACAUGCUCAAGAGAUACCACGCCGCGGUGUCCUCUCUCAAUGACGCAGAGACUCAACUGUUGUCUGAACAUCUGAAGGAGCUAAAGAGAAUCCUGAAGCCAGGAGUGGUGCGUCUCAACUGGAACUCCCUCGGUAUUAGUGACUUCAUCCAGAAAUGCACCUCCCAAAUUGGCAAGUUCGAGUCACUCGUCAACCAGAUUCAGAAGAACUCCAGUGAUGUAGAGUCCAGACUGCACAUCAUAGAGGCAGCAAACCUAUUCAAAGUUCCCCCUCCUGGAUUUCAAGGACAGCUUCCUUUUGUUAAGGAUUUCUUCGACCACAUUGAGAAUGAGCGCUCGAAGGACGUGGAGGUACUGGUUCGCAAGUACAGAGCCAUUGGUCCCCUGCUGACUAAAAUGGAGGGUCUGGUUGUUCACACCAAUACGGGUAAAGCACCCCGACUGCAGGCCUACUAUGCCUAUUGGGAACGCAAAGUGUUCAACGCUGUAACCAAAAUGGUCGUCAACAAUCUCAGGAAGUUCACUAAACAUGUGAUGGGAAAUAGUCCCCUUUUCCAGGUGGACGCUACUCUUGUGUUGCCUGAGCUGGUUCUCAGUCCUACCCAAAAUGAAGCAAUCAAACAAGUACAAAACAACAUGCGUGACUGCCUCGACGUCGCGAAACAAUUCGUCAGAUGGAUGCGUGGAUCGUGUCUCGAGUGCCCCCCUCAAAACGUGGAAGGGGAGGAUGAGCCUGUGAUUAUCUCCUUCUACAAUGACGUGGCCUUCAACCCCGAGAUCAUGGAGAUGGCGAAUGAGGUGCAGAGUUGCUUCCAGAAGAUAUUCUCAUCUGCCCAGAAAUACCUCACGCCUUGGAAGAAGUACAAGCUGCUAUACAAAGGAGACAGACAAUCGCAGCUGGAGCGUCUGCAGUCCAAGAAGCUGACCACUCUGAUGUUUGACGAGAACCUGCAAAAGUACGUCAAUCUGGACAAGGAAAUAGACUCCAAGAUCAAGUUCAAGUUCAUCCACAGUCUCAAGUUGAACCUGGAACCCCUCGUGUUUGCCCUGCAGGACUACGCCAAGAGUUGGAUCAAUGACCUGGGGGGUCUGCUGCAUGAACAGUGCAAGACGCAGAUGGAUGAAUUGAAGGCAGAUUUGGAUCAACUGGACAUGGACCUCAAGAAGUCUCCAAAUGAGCUUGAGGAUUUGAAAUUUGUUUUGGCCACUAUCGGCAAGAUCAAAGACAUCUCACUGGAUGUAGAGAUGAAGAUCGGCGACAUCCAAGAGGCGUACAGGACCCUGGACAUGUAUAAGAUAGAAGUGCCCCAGGAUGAAAUGAUUUUGCAGAGAAGCAUCAGAGACCAAUGGGAGGAACUGCAGAUGGAGGGAAAAAGAAUCGAUGCCAGACUGGUUCCGACGAAGAGGAAGUUCACGCAGAUCACCCAGCAGGACAUUGAGAAGUUCGGACAGAAGCUGGCAGACUUUCAGCAGAGGUUCCAGCUAGAGGGACCCGGCGCCGUCGGAAACGACCUGGACAAAGGUCUGCAACUUCUUGGAACUUAUCAGAAAGAGUUGGAAGAGUUCGACGCGGAGCGACAGGAGCUGGCGAAUGCGGAGAAGUUGUUUGAUCUGCCCAUCACCGCCUACCCUCAAAUGCUGGAAGUGCAGAAACAGAUGAAAGGCAUGCAGCAGAUCUACCAGAUCUUCAAGAACCAGAAGGUAGCGAGAGAGGAGUGGGCUCAGACUCUGUGGGUGAAUCUGAACAUUGAGCAGCUGCAGAAGGGCAUCGAGGACUUCAUCCGGGAGCUGAAGAGACUCCCGAGGGACGUGAAAGGGUUGGCAGUGGCGGCUACAGUCGAGGGAAAGAUGAAAGAAUUCAAGGACUCCAUUCCACUGUUCGCCGACUUGAAGAACGAAGCCUUGAGAGAGAGACAUUGGAAAGAUUUGAUGGACAAGACGGGCAAGAAGUUCGACAUGAACCCGGACACUUUCACUCUUCAGAACCUGUUUGCGAUGGAGCUGCACAACUACACGGAGACCAUAGGAGACAUUGUGGGCAUGGCUAUGAAGGAACUCAGCAUCGAAAAGGGUGUGAAAGAAGUUGUUGAGACGUGGGAGGGCAUGAAGUUCACCAUCAUUAAGUACAUGAAGGGAACAGUGGAAAGAGGGUCCAUUUUGGGACCAUGUGACGAGAUCCUCCAGAUUCUAGACGACAAUGCUAUGAAUCUACAGAGCAUGUCCGCUUCCAGGUUCAUCGGCCCAUUUCUAACACAGGUGCAAAACUGGGAGAAGAGUUUAUCUCACAUUGGGGAAGUGAUUGAGAUAUGGCUGGUGGUGCAGAGAAAGUGGAUGUACCUCGAGGGCAUCUUCAUCGGGGGAGACAUCCGCGCCCAACUCCCAGACGAGGCCAGGAAGUUCGACAUCAUCAAUGGGAAAUUCAAAGGGAUCAUGAGUGACACUGUUGCCAAUCCUAAGAUCAAAGACGCAUGUCAUGCCGACAAUCGUCUGCAAGACCUGGAGAUGCUGAGUGAAGGUCUGGAAAGGUGUCAGAAGUCUUUGAAUGACUACUUGGACUCGAAGAGGAACGCUUUCCCGAGGUUCUUUUUCAUAUCGGACGACGAGUUGCUGUCUAUUCUGGGAAGCAGCGAUCCUAGCUGCGUGCAAGAGCAUAUGAUCAAGAUGUACGACAACGUCUCCAGCCUUCGUUUUGACACCGGCAACAACGGAGAGAAUGUUGCGGGGGCGAUGGUGUCGGCGGAGAAAGAAGUUAUGGAGUUCCGAUCUCCCAUCCCCACCGAGGGAAGAGUAGAAGAGUGGAUGACUGCUGUUCUCAUUGAGAUGAGGCGAUCUAACCGACUCAUCACGAAGGAGGCUGUGUACAAGUACUGUGAGGACAGGUCAAGGGUGGAGUGGAUGUUAAUGUACCAAGGCAUGGUAGUUCUGGCAACCAACCAGAUCUGGUGGACAUGGGAGGUGGAAGACGUUUUCCAGAAGGUCAAGAAAGGUCACAAACUAGCCCUGAAGCAGUACGCACAGAAACUCACCAAACAACUUGAUGACUUGGUCGUGAAGGUCAGGUCGCCCCUGGAUAGAAAUGACCGAGCCAAAUUCAACACAGUGCUGAUUAUCGAAGUGCACGCCAGAGAUAUUGUAGACAGUUUCGUUAGGGAUAGUAUCAUGGACGCGAAAGAGUUCAAGUGGGAGAGUCAGCUUCGGUUCUACUGGACGAAGGACGACGAUGAAUUAUUCAUCCAGCAGUGCACUGGCACCUUCGGGUAUGGAUACGAAUACAUGGGACUUAACGGACGACUGGUCAUCACUCCUCUCACCGAUCGAAUCUACUUAACUCUAACUCAGGCUCUCAAUAUGUACCUCGGUGGAGCUCCGGCUGGUCCUGCGGGAACUGGAAAAACUGAGACAACUAAAGACUUGGCGAAAGCACUCGGCUUGCUUUGUGUCGUCACAAACUGCGGUGAGGGAAUGGAUUUCAAAGCAGUCGGGAAAAUCUUCUCGGGUCUGGCGCAGUGCGGUGCUUGGGGAUGUUUUGACGAGUUCAACCGGAUUGAGGCGGCGGUGUUGUCGGUUAUCUCAACCCAGAUCAAAGUUAUCCAGACUGCUCUGAUCAACAAAGCGGCUCGAUUCAAUUUCGAGGGAACUGAGAUUUCACUCGAUCCAAGAAUUGGUAUCUUCAUCACUAUGAACCCUGGUUACGCAGGCAGGACUGAGUUGCCUGAGUCGGUGAAGGCACUGUUCCGUCCAGUGGUGGUGAUUGUGCCAGACUUGACCCAGAUCUGCGAGAUCAUGUUGCUGUCCGAGGGAUUCCUCGUCGCCAGGGUUCUGGCGACUAAGAUGACGGUGCUGUACAAGCUGGCCAAGGAGCAGUUGUCCAAACAGCAUCACUACGACUUCGGACUGCGUGCUCUGAAGAGUGUGUUGGUGAUGGCGGGAGAACUGAAGAGGGGCUCCCCUGACCUCACUGAAGACAUUGUACUCAUGAGGGCCCUCAGGGACAUGAACAUGCCUAAGUUCGUGUACGAGGACGUACCUCUGUUUCUGGGUCUGAUCAAUGACUUGUUCCCUGGACUGGACUGUCCCCGAGUGAGGUAUCCCUCGUUCAAUGAUGCAGUGGAGGCAGUACUUGCCGAGAAUAGAUACGUCCUCAUGGAGACACAGGUUGACAAAGUAGUCCAAAUGUACGAGACUAUGAUGACACGUCAUACAACAAUGAUAGUGGGUCCCACUUGUGGAGGAAAGUCUGUGGUGAUCAACACUCUCUGCCAGUCUCAGACCAAACUAAACAUCCCCACCAAAGUGCACAUUAUGAAUGCCAAAGCCCAGAGUGUGAUUGAGCUGUAUGGUAUCCUGGACCCGACGACGAGAGACUGGACAGACGGACUGCUGUCCAACGUGUUCCGAGAGAUCAACAGACCCACUGAUAAGAAUGAGAGGAAGUACAUCCUGUUCGAUGGGGACGUAGACGCUCUCUGGGUGGAGAACAUGAACAGUGUCAUGGACGACAACAAACUACUUACCCUCGCAAACGGAGAACGAAUCAGGUUGCAAAAACACUGUGCGCUGCUCUUCGAAGUCGGCGAUCUCCAGUAUGCCUCACCAGCUACCGUUUCACGAUGUGGUAUGGUUUUUGUGGACCCUAAGAAUCUGAGAUACGAUCCCUAUUGGCGACGAUGGGUUGAUGCCCGGCCGAACCCCGCUGAAAAAGAAGACCUUGACCGAUUUUAUGACAAAUAUGUACCAGGCUUGAUCCAGUUCAUAAUAGAGGGAAUUGUUGAUGGUCGUCAAGGAGAGCCCAUUAAGCCGAUAAUUCCAUUGACCGACUUGAACUUGGUCAUACAAUUAUGUCAAAUGUUAGAUGCAAUUGUGCCUAAGGAUGUUCAGGAUCCAUCUGAGCUUGAAAUGUACUUUGUGGAGGCGCUUUACUGGUCCAUGGGAGGCGCUUUGAUGGAAGCCGGCCGAGAGAAGUUUGACAACCAGAUGAAAUACAUGGCAGCGAUGCCAGUCAACACUGACGAAAAGAAGUAUGCGGGACCAGGAGAAUUACCAGGUGUUAUCUCGACUGUGUACGAGUACCACUUCCACCCUGAGAAAAGGAAGUGGGUUCCGUGGAGUGAACUGGUGCCCAAGUACAUCCAUGACCACAAUGUGCGCUUCAACAACAUUCUAGUCCCAACCUCAGACACCGUCAGAUCCACUUGGCUACUGGACGUCAAUUCUAAAAUCAAGCGACCGACUUUGUUCGUUGGCGAAUCAGGAACGAGUAAGACUGCCACGACUCAAGCGUGGUUGAAGACUCUGGACACCGACUCACAUCUGCUGUUGAACAUUAACUUCAGCUCGAGGACUACCAGCAUGGACGUGCAGAGGAACAUGGAGGCCAAUGUAGAGAAGAGGACAAAGGAUUCCUAUGGGCCCCCGCCUGGGAAGAGACUGAUGGUAUUCAUAGAUGACAUGAACAUGCCUCAGGUCGACACUUAUGGUACUCAGCAGCCGAUUGCUCUUUUGAAGCUGCUUGUGGAGAAGGGAUUCAUGUACGACAGAGGAAAGGACCUCAACCUAAAGAACUUCCGUGACAUAUCCUACCUAGCCGCAAUGGGAAAACCUGGAGGUGGUCGUAAUGAGGUGGAUCCUCGAUUCAUCACCCUCUUUAACGUCUUCAACAUCACAUUCCCCUCGGACGAUGCCCUCCGUAGGAUCUACCUCUCAAUCUUGGACGGACACCUCCAGAAUUUCUCUGAGGAUAUCCAAAGUUGCGCGGGAAAAAUCACAGAAAGCACGAUGGCUAUAUACAAAUUAGUAAUCAACAGCCUCCCCCCAACCCCCUCCAAGUUCCACUACAUAUUCAAUCUGAGAGAUUUGUCCAGAAUUUAUCACGGGCUGUGUCAAAUCACAAGCGAAAAGUUCACUACGAAGGAACAAUUUGUGCGAGUGUGGCGCAAUGAGUGCAUGCGAGUGUACUACGACAGACUGAUAAACGAACACGACAAAGAGAUAGUCGGAGGACUGAUCAAGGCCCAAAUAGAGGAGAACUUCAAGUCCAGUCUCGACUACGCCAUCAAGGAUCCCAUCCUCUUCGGAGACUACAUGACUGCUCUGGACGAGGGAGAGCCCAGACUCUACCAGGACGUCCAAGAUUUCGAUUCAUCGAAAGCAGUUUUCCAAUCAUUACUCGAGGAGUACAAUGAACAAUACACUACCAUGAACCUGGUCUUGUUCGACGAUGCCCUGGAACACUUGACCAGGAUCCACAGAGUCAUCCGGAUGGACCAGGGACACGCCCUCCUAGUUGGAGUGGGAGGGUCCGGAAAACAGUCUUUGUCUAGACUAGCUGCUUUCACAGCAGGUUGUCAGGUGUUUGAGAUCACUUUGAGCAGAGGGUACGAUGAGAGCAACUUCAGAGAGGACCUCAAGAUUCUGUACCAGAAGUUGGGCCAGGAGGACAAGAAGAUGAUGUUCCUCUUCACAGAUGGACACGUCGCACAAGAGGGAUUUCUCGAACUGAUCAACAACAUGCUUACAACUGGCAUGGUUCCGGCGCUGUUUGCGGAUGACGAGAAAGAAGCUAUUGUUGGCAACUGUCGCGCAGAAGCACAGUCCAACGGAGUCCCGCCAGUGAAGGAAAUGAUCUGGCAGUACUUCGUGUCCAAGUGCAGCAACAACCUGCACAUUGUCCUCGCGAUGUCACCGGUCGGAGAUACCUUGCGAACCCGGUGUCGAAACUUCCCAGGACUUGUGAACAAUACCAGCAUCGAUUGGUUCCAACCGUGGCCCAAACAGGCCCUGCAUGCUGUGGCUACUGUCUUCUUGAACCAGAACAACAACUUAAUUGUUGAAGAUAUGUUUCCGAAAGUGGUUGAACAUGUAGUUACCACGCACUUGAGUUUGACAGAUUACAGUGCAAGGUUCUUGGCGCGACUUAGGAGACCCAAUUACGUGACUCCCAAGAAUUAUCUGGAUUACAUUUCAUCGUACACGAGACUGUUGAUUGACAAGGACAAGCUGGUUGUCGGACAGUGUGAACGUCUUGAGUCUGGUAUGGCUAAGAUCAAAGAGGCGAGAGAGCAGCUGGCGGUACUGAGUGAGAAGCUGGACACUCAGAAGGUCAUUCUGGAGCGGAAGACGAAAGAGUGCGAUGAGCUGGUGGGCACCAUUGAGACUAGUACUGAGACUGCCAACGUGAAGAAGGCUUCGGCAGAAGUGGCCGCCAAGGAGAUCGAGAAGCAGAGCAAAGUCAUCGCCGUCGAAAAGAAAGGAGCAGAGGAUGCGCUGGCUGAAGCACUGCCUGCCUUGGAAGCAGCCAGACUGGCACUGGACGACCUGGACAAGAAUGACGUCACCGAGAUCCGUUCGUUCGCCAAGCCCCCCAAAGCAGUGCAGAGUGUGUGUGAGUGUGUAGUUGUGGUGCGUAACAUCAAAGAGAUCUCGUGGAAAAGUGCCAAAGCCAUGAUGUCCGAUCCAAACUUCCUGAUGUCUUUGAAAACGAUGGAUGUGGACGCCAUCACUGGAAACCAGAUGAAAACAGUGAAAGCGACUCUGAAAACGAUGGACACUUCAUACGACGAGAUGAAGCAGAUCUCGAAGGCGGGUGCAGGGUUGUACAAGUUCGUCACGGCUGUCAUCGGCUACUGCGAAGUGGCCAGGGAGAUCAAGCCAAAGCGAGACCUGGUGGCCAACCUGGAGAAGGAGUUUGCACAGGCCAAACGCAGUCUGGACAAAACUGAGAAAGAGGUGAAAACAUUGCAAGAUCAAUUAGAGAAGUUGGGUGCACAAUACAAGGAAGCGAUGGCUGAAAAGGAGGCUCUGAAGGAAGAGGCCGAUCUAAUGCAGCGUCGACUGAUAGCCGCUGAUAAACUGAUCAGUGGGUUGUCGAGCGAGAACGAACGAUGGACUAAGGACUUAGCGGAUUUGAAAGUGAAACGAGUGAAACUUCUGGGCGACUGUCUGCUGGGCGCUGCCUUCCUCAGUUACCUGGGAGCAUUCAAUGUGGACUUCAGGAACGAAGCGUUCGAAGAGGACUGGCAGCAGAAGAUCAGAGAAGCCGACAUUCCGAUGACUGAGCCGUUCAAACUGGAGGAGCUCCUCACGGAUGAUGUAGAAAUCAGCAAGUGGAACUCUGAAGGUCUCCCACCGGAUGAGCUUUCGAUCCAGAACGGAAUCCUGACCACACAGGCCAGCCGAUUCCCCUACUGCAUUGAUCCCCAGGAACAAGCGAUCAGCUGGAUCAAGAGCAAGGAGGCAGACCACAACCUCAAGAUAUGCACCAUGAACGACCCCGACUUCCUGAAACACCUAGAGAUGUCCAUCAAAUACGGGUUCCCCUUUCUCUUCAAGGACUGCGAUGAGUACCUGGAUCCAGUCAUCGAUAAUGUACUGGAAAAGAAUAUUAAAGGAGCGUCUGGUCGGGAGUUUAUCAUGCUGGGCGACAAAGAAGUUGACUAUGACCCGAACUUCAGACUGUAUUUAACUAGCAAACUGCCCAACCCCAAACUCACCCCCUCACACUUCGGAAAGAGCAUGGUCAUCAACUACCAGGUAACCCUGAAAGGACUGGAGGACCAGUUGCUAAGUGUGAUUGUGGGCUUCGAACGGAAGGAGUUGGAGGAGAACAGAGAGAGACUGAUCCAAGAGACAAGCCAAAACAAAAAACUCCUGAAGGAUCUGGAGGAUGCCCUUUUGAGAGAACUGGCGACUUCCACUGGAAACAUGUUGGAUAACGUAGAGUUAGUCCAGACUCUGGAAGAGACGAAGACUAAGGCGACUGAAGUGAUGGACAAACUGACUGAGGCUGUGAGGACCUCAGCCGAUAUUGAGAAAUUGAGAGAUGGCUACAGACCAGCUGCAAAAAGAGGUGCGAUUUUGUUCUUCGUGCUGUCGGACAUGGCGACAGUGAACCCCAUGUACCAGUACUCUCUGGCUAAUUAUCUGGAAGUGUUCAAAAUAUCCCUGAAGAAGAGUAUCCCUGACUCCAUUCUGGAGAAACGACUCAGAAACAUCAUUGACACCCUCACCUAUAACGUCUAUAACUAUGCCUGCACAGGUCUGUUUGAGAAGCACAAGCUGCUUUACUCGUUCCAGAUGACAGUUCAGAUUGAGCUGAACGAGGGUAAAGUGAACCAAGAAGAGCUCAACUUCUUCAUCAAGGGAAACAUUUCACUCGAGAAGAGCAAACGCGCCAAAACUCACAAGUGGCUUCCCGACCAGGGCUGGGAAGACAUCAUCAAACUGGGCGAGGUAUUCCCGGAAGACUUCGGGGGACUCGUAGAUGACGUCGAACGCAACGGCAAAAAAUGGCAGCAGUGGUAUGAGCUGGAGACGCCUGAGAGGAGUGGGUUCCCUGUGCAGUCCUACAAUGGACUGAGCUUGAUCCGGAAACUGCUGCUGCUGAGGUGCUUCCGGGUAGACAGGGUUUUCAGGGCGAUGCAGGACUACGUCUCAGAGACCAUGGGUGAAAAGUACAAUAAGCCUCCUGUGAUCAACUUCAAGGCCAUAUUUGAAACGAGUUCGCCCAAUGUUCCCAUCGUGUUCAUCCUCAGUCCGGGAACAGAGCCAGCUAAUGACCUGAUGAAGUUGGCUGACGUGGUUGGCAUGGGAACCAGCAAACUCAAAAUGCUCGCCAUGGGUCAAGGCCAAGAAAAGAAUGCACUGACGUUGUUGGAGCAGUGUGUUGCGCGUGGGAUGUGGCUGCUGCUGCAGAACUGUCACUUGCUCGUCAAGUGGCUCAGAGACCUGGAAAAGGCCCUGGAGAAGAUCACGAAGCCCCACCCCGAGUUCAGACUGUGGCUCACCACCGACCCCACACCUGACUUUCCAAUCGGAAUUCUGCAGAGGUCUAUGAAGGUGGUGACUGAGCCUCCGAAUGGCCUCAUGUUGAAUCUGAGGAGCACCUUCUUCAAGAUCCCGCACGGCUCUUUCUCCGACUCGAUCCACGACUCGUUCGGACCCCUCGUGUUUGUGCUCGCCUUCUUCCACGCGGUGGUGCAGGAGAGGAGGAAGUACGGCAAAGUGGGCUGGAACAUCCCCUACGACUUCAACGAGAGUGACUUCCAAGUCUGCAUGCAGAUUGUUGACACAUACCUAACCAAGGCCGCGGAGCAGGGAGACACUAAGUUGCCAUGGAACAGUCUGAAAUACCUGAUUGGGGAGGUGAUGUACGGAGGAAGGGCUAUAGACUCGUUCGACCGCAGAAUCCUCAACACAUACAUGGACGAAUACAUGGGUGACUUCAUAUUCGACACUUUCCAGCCUUUCCACUUUUUCCACAACUCAGAGAUAGACUACUACAUCCCGCAACCGGGCGAAAAGGGGGAGAGACCGACUAAGGAGACCUACACGGAUUACAUUGACACUCUGCCCAUCAGCAACACUCCCGAAGUGUUCGGACUGCAUCUGAAUGCAGAGAUAGGCUACUACACGCAACAGGCGAAGGAUGUUUGGACUCAACUCAUCGAGAUGCAACCUCAAACUGGCGACACUGGCGCAGGCAUCAGUCGGGAGGAGUUCAUUGGCAACAUAGCUCAGGAUGUUGUGAGCAAACUGCCCACCCCCUACGACCUGGACAAGAUCCGGAAGAAGUACGGACUGGAUGUGACACCUACCACAGUGGUGCUUCUACAGGAGAUAGAGAGAUUCAACAAACUCAUCAACCGCAUGGAGAGGUCCCUCAAAGAACUGAAGAGGGCACUGGCUGGUGAAGUGGGUAUGAGCGCGGAGCUGGAUGAGGUUUCGAGGGCCCUAUUCAACGGACAGAUCCCCGGAAUUUGGAGGAAGCUGGCACCCGCCACCCUCAAAACACUGGCCAACUGGAUGCUACAUUUCCUCGCUAGACACGACCAGUACAUGAAAUGGAUCAGCGACGGGGAGCCAGCAGUGAUGUGGUUGUCUGGUCUGCACAUUCCAGAGUCUUACUUGACAGCUCUGGUGCAGGCCACCUGCAGGAAGAACGGAUGGCCCCUGGACAGGUCAACUCUCUACACCCAGGUCACUCACUGGGCAGACGCCGACGAGGUCACCGAGCGGGCACAUCAAGGUUGUUUUGUGUCCGGUCUGUUCCUGGAAGGUGCUGCAUGGGACAAGAACAAUGCCUGUCUGAUCAAGCAGAAGCCCAAGGAACUCAUCGUGGAUCUGCCUAUCCUCAAGGUCAUCCCCAUCGAAGCACACAAACUCAAACUACAGAACACGUUCCGUACCCCUGUGUACACGACGUCUCAGAGGAGAAAUGCGAUGGGAGUUGGAUUAGUGUUCGAGGCUGACCUGUCAACCACCGAACACGUGUCACACUGGACCCUGCAGGGCGUCUGUCUCGUGCUUAACACCGACUAGACACCACGACACGACAUUCCUUACUUGAGAUGAAAAUCAAAUAUGACACAAAUGAAUGAAAAUUAAUAAAAGCACGGCUCCUUUUCCUUUUCCCCCACCUGCGAGUUUUUCUAAAUGAUUUUUUUUUCUCAUUGUCGAAUUAUAAAAAUUGACACGCGGACUAAAUACGCCAUGAGAAACUUUUUUAGUCUUCAUAUUUAACCCUGUAAGCCCAUUUAUUACACCAUAAAACAGAUGCUCGUGCGUGGGGGAGGAAAAAGAGCCAAAAGUAUUAAUGGUGAAAAUUCAGAUCGCAAAACUAAGCAAAAUGACUAUAAAACAUGAAAAUUGUAAAUUUAAAAAGUUGUACAUCUGUCAAUUUACUGUAAAUAAACCUGCAUCAUCA